UCUUCAAACCACCUCCUCUGAAUUCCAUUAAUUAGCAUCAAUGGAACUUCCAACAAUACACACCAUCAUCUUCUUCACCAUCUCCAUUCUCUUCUCUUCCCUUCUCCUUCUUCACGCAGACACGCCGCCGUCAACCCUUGAAGAAGAAGCAGACAGAAUCUCCUCCCUCCCCGGCCAGCCCCCCGUCCAUUUCCACCAGUUUUCCGGCUACGUAACCGUCAAAGAAAACAGAAAGGCACUGUUUUACUGGCUUACUGAAGCCACUGAAGACCCUUUCUCCAAACCCUUGGUUGUCUGGUUAAACGGAGGUCCAGGUUGCUCUUCAAUAGCGUACGGUGCAUCAGAAGAAAUAGGUCCUUUCAGAAUUAACAAUAAGGCCACUGGUUUAUACCUAAACAAGUUUUCAUGGAAUCGUUUGGCCAAUUUGCUCUUCUUGGAAACACCCGCCGGAGUUGGCUUCUCCUAUACCAACCGCUCCUCCGAUCUCUACAACACCGGAGAUCGCAGAACUGCAAUGGACUCGCUGAUAUUCCUCAGGAGGUGGAUGGAAAGAUUCCCGCGUUACAAGAACAGAGACGUGUAUUUAACGGGAGAGAGUUAUGCUGGCCAUUAUGUUCCUCAACUUGCUAAACAAAUCAUGGAUUAUAAUAAUGAUAAAACUAAUCGUUUCCGAAUCAGACUUAAAGGGUUCAUGGUGGGGAAUGCUGUAACGGAUAACUAUUACGAUAACCUUGGAACGGUGACGUAUUGGUGGAGCCACGCCAUGAUCUCUGACAAAACGUAUCAUAAACUGAUCAACACUUGUGAUUUCAAGCUAUUGCAACAGAAGGAAUCCAGUGAAUGUGAAUCGUUUUACUCUUACGCAAUGGAUAAAGAAUUCGGAAACAUAGAUCAGUACAAUAUCUAUGCAGUUCCUUGUAACAAAUCCGACGACCAACGUCGAGCCUUCACCGGCCAGACCGCAAGUCUGCCUCACCGUCGUCCCCUGUCGAAAUCAAGAUGGUUAUCAGGGUACGAUCCAUGUACGGAGAAUUAUGCAGAGGUUUACUAUAACAGGCCUGAUGUUCAGAAGGCUCUUCAUGCUAACGUCACUGGAAUCCAUUAUAAAUGGACUGCUUGCAGCGAUACUUUGAAUCGAAAUUGGAACGAUACAGAUGUCUCUGUUCUUCCAAUAUACAGGGAAUUGAUAGCUGCCGGUUUGAGGAUUUGGGUUUUCAGUGGCGAUAUAGAUUCGGUUGUGCCUGUGACCGCGACUAGGUUUUCCUUGGCGCAGCUGAAGUUGGAGACAAAGACGCCUUGGUAUCCUUGGUACAUCAAGAAACAGGUUGGUGGAUGGACAGAGGUGUACAAGGGGCUAACAUUUGCAACGGUUAGAGGGGCAGGUCAUGAAGUGCCACUUUUCAAACCACGGGCAGCAUUUCAACUGUUUAGGUCAUUCUUAAGAGGGGAGCCCCUCCCCAAAUCUUAGUCACUCUAUUGUUGUUGUUGGGGGUUGUAUCUAAUUAAUGAUUAAAGUUGUUAAUUAGUGCUCCAAAUGUAGUAACUACAUGAUUAAUUUAGGUAAUCGAGCUUAAAUUGGUUAGGGGAAUAUGUCGAAUGUUUGAAUUUGUACGAGAUUAAUUAUGAGUUAUGGGUUUGAUUUCACUACCCAAUUAAGUUAAUAUAAAAGGUUCGACUAG